AUGAAAAUUGAAAGUACGACCAUUAGAACUGUUGGAACUGUUAAUACUUCAAAAUGGAACGAGAAUUUAACUGAUCCUUGCAGUUCUUCUCCCAUUAUUGCUACCACUACUAACAUUAAUGAUAUCACUGAUACGAGUAAUUUAUCAAUUUCAACCAAAACUUAUAAGAAUGGUAAUGAACCUCGAGCUAUUGAUGAAUAUGAUUUUAAAAAUAAUACUUAUAAUGUUAAAAGUAGUAAUGGUAAUGUAGAGAUUGAUGGCAGAAAUACUAGUGGCAACUCUAAAAAUCAUUUGACGAAUGAACAAGUCGAGGUUAAAUCAGAAGAUAGUGAUAGUGUUGCUAUUGCCAACAAAAGAUUUGCUGACCAUUUGAAGAUGUGCGAUUUACUUUAUCAUGGUAGAAGAGGUAAAAAGUUGAAUAAACGGAAACAAACUAGUGAUUUAAUUGUUCGAGUUGGCGAUCUUGAGUCUUUUCGAAAACGUCGAAAUGCUGAAUCAGAAAAAAAAAAAAAGGAAGAACUUAUUAAAAGCUACGAGAAAAUGCAAACAAAUUCUGUGGAAAAGAUAAAUAAAAGACCUAAAAGACAAACUCGCAGAGCAAUAUGUCAACAUAGCAUUGAAACAUUUCCAAUACAAGGAAAUAAUCUUUUGAAGGAACUAAUUGAACUUAAUAGACAAAAAAUCAAACAAUUACUAGAGGAAAAUGAGAGAAUUCUUGAGGAACAAUUAAAAUCAUCAAAAAGAAGUGCAUUUUCUGAUCAUUCCAAGUCAUUGAGAGUUAAAGGUUCUCGAGAAAGUAGCAGUAGCAGCAGGAGCAAUGAUUCAAUGGGAAAAAAAUCAAUCACGUUGAAAUUUCAAGAUUUCCAACCAGAUGGAUCUGUUAAGAGUAAGUUUGUAAAUCCCCGACUAUUUUCAAUUCCUCAUGUUAAACCCAUUCCAAAAUACGCAAUAUGGACUCCUAUUAUAAGAAACAUUAAGACAAAAGAUGAUCCAGUGUUGAGACAUCUUUAUUAUUUUGGAGAAGGUGCUGAACACGAUUUAGAUAUUGAUUUUUACAUGGAUGUCUUUGAUAAAAUUGAUUUUGGAUCUUCUAAAUUUGAUAACGAUGUGGAAAAAAUCCUCUUCAAAACUUUUGAUCAUUUUUUCAAUCAAUUUGAAAUUGAACUAAAUGUAAUCGAAAGCUUUCUUGAUGAAAGAAAGCCAAACGUGCCGCAGCUUAAAGUCACUACCACCAGAAAGAAAAAUUAUGACUUUAUUAUUGACGAAAUUAUCAAUUCGUUUCCUGCUAUCAUCAAUAAAUGUGAUGUUUACAUACUAUUACAAAGAUACAUAGAAUGUAAGAAACAAUUGCAAUCUGAGAUUGACGAUCGUGUUAAAGAGUUUAGUCCAUUAAAAGAAAUUAAUGGAAAGGAUGUUUCUAAAAUCUUUAAAAUUACGAAAAAACUUCAUCCAGCUCCAAAUCCAAAUGAAGAACCAUGUAAAAAUGACUGUUAUCGUUACUUGGCAGAGAAAGUUGAUUAUAGUGAACAAAGCUUGGAAUCUGAGUGGAAUGAUGAGGAAAUUGCAUUAUUUAAUGAAUCAUGUAGAUUAAUCGGUACUGAAGAUUAUUGUGCAUUAGCUGCUAUAAUCAAAUCUAAGUCUUGUAAAGAGGUUUAUCAGAAAUCACAAUCUGUUGAUGACAUUAUUACAAGCAGUGAAAAAGAUCCAAAAUUAAUUAAUAAAAAAGCAUCAAACAGAGCAGUGAUAAUUGAUAAUGACGCCUAUAAACAAGCAGAGUAUAAUCCAUGCUAUCAUCCUGGUGAAGAUUGUACAAGUGCUAAAUGCAGUUGUUUAAAAGGGAAUCUUUACUGUGAAAAGUAUUGUCACUGUGAAAGAAGAUUUCAAGGUUGCAAAUGUAAUUAUAGCAAAGAUUGUGUUUGUGGAACAAAAAAAUGUCCUUGUUUUGAAAAUAAUCGAGAAUGUGACUUUGAUAUAUGCAAAUGUCCAGCUGGAGUACAAUGCAUCUAUAACUCUGAUACUUAUUGUAAAAAUGUUAUGGUUCAGCAAGGACGUUCCAAAUCAACCAUAAUUGGUUUUUCAACGGUGGCAGGGUGGGGACUAUUUAUGAGAGAAGAAGUCAGAAAGAGCGAAUACAUUGGUGAAUACAUUGGCGAAAUUAUAUCACAUGCAGAAGCUGAUCGACGAGGAAAAAUUUAUGAUAAACGUCGUAGUAGUUUCUUGUUUAACCUGAACAUAGACACAGUAAUUGAUGCCACUAGAAAAGGCAAUAAAUUAAGAUUCAUAAACCAUUCAAAUUCGCCUAAUACAAAUUGCCGUGUGGUUAUGGCAAAUGGAGAACAUCAUAUUGCUAUCUAUGCUGCUCAACUUAUAAAACCCGGCGAAGAAUUGUUUUAUGAUUACCAUUUACAAUCCCAUAGAAACAAUAACAAAGCAAGCCGCAUUAAGACUUCAGGAUCCCACAGAAACAAUAAAGAAGCAAGCCGCAUUAAGGUUUCAGGAUCCCACAGAAACAAUAAAGAAGCAAGCCGCAUUAAGAUUUCAGGAUCCCACAGAAACAAUAAGAAGCAAGCCGCAUUAAGGUUUCAGGAUCCCACAGAAACAAUAAAGAAGCAAGCCGCAUUAAGGUUUCAGGAUCCCACAGAAACAAUAAAGAAGCAAGCCGCAUUAAGAUUUCAGGAUCCCACAAAGACUAAAAGCGAAGCAAGCUGCACUCUUUUUGAUGAUCAAUGA